GUUCCAAAUACAAUCAGUGUAGCUCUAUAAAUGCUUCACGUUAUGCAUUUGCUUAAGUAUGUCACUGGCUCAGUGCCAUCGGAGUUCCUGCACUGUUAAGCCAACGUAUCAUCAACAUUCUCCACUAGCAUAAAGUCAAAUGGGCAGUAUCUUUAAUAAUGAACUUAUUACUGUGAUUAUAUCUUUAAUGAUGAGCUUAUUAUUGCGGGUAAUUCAGGAAUGCUGGAACUUAGAGCUGUAACUGUGCACAGUGCAGCCUGAGUGCUGCAGCUUGUGUGGUUAGGACAGACAACAUGCUUUGUAUCAGUAGUAAACAUAGGUAACAAAAAAUAGGGAUGCAUUUCAGAGCACUGUUAACAUUUAUGUCUUCAGCAUACGUUGAGAUGUUGCUUUAUUUUGAAGACACUCAUGAAUUUGGUGAGCAGUGUGCUUCCCAAGCAGUGCUUCCCAAAUGGAGCCCCUUGCUGUGAUCUCCACGUGUUGCUGGAAUGUAAUUUAUUAUUCUGUGCUUCAUUAAACAAGCCCAUUAAUUUUCUCCUGAUGGUCUUCAGGAGGUACCAGGCACUCUUCCUGGUUUACACGUUGCUCCAGGCUGCUUCACCUCAUGCUGGAGGGAAGUGCUUUCACUUAACACUCUGUCACCUGUAAAUCAUGUACAUGUGCAAUACGAAGGGCUGCAUUCUCUUCUGUGGUUAUGCCACUGAUAAGAAUAACAAACACUAUUAUCCCUCGUUAGGCUUUGUAUUCCUGAUUGCACUCUGCAGCCUCUGCCUUAGAUAGAGGAUUAUUUAAUUACUUAACAUAAUGAUAGGAAUUUUCACUUGCUUUUUCAAAGCCACCACCACCAAAAAAAAUAUAAUCUGGAAGCAGGAGCUAUAGAAAGUGAUUUUUUUCCUUAAGGGAAGGGGCAAAGAGCAGCCGCAGCAGCAUUGUCUGGGACAACUCGGGUUUGGAAGAAGAAUUCAGAUGUGGACAGCAGCAAGGGUUUACCCAUGAAGUUUUAUAUUCCUAACAAAAUUACUACCUGCUAAUCCCAAACUUGAUUUCUUCCCUCCCUGCAAAUGCAACAGGGCAAAUGCAGCGUUUCUGAGACUUAAGGUAAAAAGCAAAGUUUGGUUUUUUUGUCUUGAAAAGAAGCCAUAAAACUUCACCAGGUGCUUUUCUCUUUUUCCAGUGCUCUACAGAUACCUAGUUCAGAUGCAGUUAAUGACAGGGGAGUGCAGCUGGUUUAAAUCACAUCACCAUUGCAAAAUGUGGAGAAUGUGGCCCAGGAUACGCAACUCCUCUGGAUGCCAUGAAAGGUCCCCGGGAGGAGAUUGUGUACCUGCCUUGUAUCUACAGGAACACUGGGAUAGAGAAGCCUGACUACCUGGCCACUGUGGAUGUUGAUCCCAAAUCUCCACACUACUGUCAGGUGAUCCAUCGCCUGCCCAUGCCCAAUCUGAAUGAUGAGCUCCAUCAUUCAGGGUGGAACGCCUGUAGCAGCUGCUUUGGGGAUGCCACCAAGAGAAGGAACCGCCUGAUUCUACCAAGUUUGAUCUCUUCUCGAAUUUACGUGGUGGAUGUGGGAACAGACAUGCGAGCUCCUAGAAUCCAUAAGGUUGUUGAGGCAGUGGAGUUACACCAGAAGGGUAAUGCGGGUAAUCCUCACACCUCUCACUGUCUGGGCAGUGGUGACAUCUUAAUCAGCUGUUUGGGAGACCCUUCUGGCAAUGGAAAAGGUAGCUUUAUAUUGCUGGAUGGAGAGACCUUUGAAGUGAAAGGAAAUUGGGAGAAUGGGAAGAAGGUGCCUCUCCUGGGUUACGACUUCUGGUACCAGCCACGACACAAUGUCCUGAUGAGCACUGAAUGGGGAGCCCCAAAAGCCUUGGUAGAUGGGUUUAACCCAGCUGAUAUAGAGAAAGGGCAUUAUGGUGGCCACAUUAACGUGUGGGACUGGAGCACUCACACCUACAUUCAGACAAUUGACUUAGGGAAGGGCUCCAUACCUUUGGAGAUCCGAUUCCUCCACAAUCCGGAUGCUGCAGAAGGGUUUGUGGGAUGUGCUCUGAGUGCUGCAGUUCAUCGGUUCUACAAGACAGAGAAAGGAGGCUGGGCAGCAGAGAAGGUGAUUGAAGUCCCCAGCAAGAAGGUGCAGGGAUGGCUUCUCCCUGACAUGCCUGGUCUUAUUACUGACAUCCUCAUCUCACUGGACGACAGGUUCCUGUAUUUCAGCAACUGGCUGCACGGGGAUGUCCGCCAGUACGACAUCUCCAACACCCGCAAGCCCAAGCUGGUGGGGCAGGUGUUUCUGGGAGGCAGCAUCACAAAAGGUGGGCCUGUAACUGUAGUGGAAGACAAGGAAUUGCAGUGUCAGCCAGAGCCAUUUGUGCUCAAAGGGAAGAGGGUGCGAGGUGGACCUCAAAUGCUUCAGCUGAGUUUGGAUGGGAAGAGAUUAUAUGUCACCAACUCUCUCUACAGUGGAUGGGACAAGCAGUUCUACCCAGAUCUUGUCAAGGAAGGCUCUAUUAUGCUGCAGAUUGAUGUGGAUAAUGAAAAAGGUGGAUUGCAAGUGAAUAAAAACUUCCUAGUGGAUUUUGGGAAGGAACCUGAUGGGCCUGCCCUGGCUCAUGAGGUUCGUUACCCUGGUGGAGACUGUACCUCUGAUAUCUGGGUGUAAUGGUUGUCUGGAGCUGGUUUCAGGGGGUUUGUUGUUGUUGCUGUUUUUUUGGGGGGCUUGUGUUUGGGUUUUUCCCCCUCUUUCUCCUCCUCUUUCCUCUUUACUCUCCCCUUUUAUAAAGGUGAAUGGGGUCAGCUGGAACUUUAUCCACUGUCUAUAUUUAGACUUCCAUUAGGGUGAGCCGCAGAAGCUCCACUUUCUUCUCAUUCUGAGGCAGCCAAGUGAAUCUCUCUGAAACAUGAUCUACAGCUCAUUUUCUCUCCUCCUUCCCCUUUCACGAGGUCCUAUGUAAUCACUGUUGACUGUGGUUUCAAGGCCGAGGUCACCAGCUUUUAAAGACUAUUUGCCUUGUUUGAUGCUAAUUUGCCUUGCCACUGUUUGUUGGUGAAGAAGCUGUUCCUAAACAGCUCCAUAAGAAGGAUACAUUCCAUGGGCUUGUCUCUGAGCAAGAGUGUUCUGUCCCUGCAAAGUGUAAUGUGCGCAUACAGUAGUCAGUGCUUUACAGCAGACACAGCAUAAAAAUCAUACAUAUCUAUCUAAUCUGAAGUCACAUGCUUCUGGACUUGGGUUAUAUUUUAACAUCUGUGCACUGAUGUUAUAAAAAAAACCAACAAUAAAAGCAUUCUUCAAGCCA